UCCCGUCCGUCCAGCUCCGAGUGAUAGUCCAGUCACCAGACAGCACAAUUGCUCUUCCAGAACAGGCUGGGGUCGGACAGUCUCACUCAGGGGGCGGAGUCAGACCGCGGCUGGGUCACGACUCCACUCAGGGUCAGGUCAGGUCGGGCCGGGUCGGGUCGAUCGAGUCAGUUGGCGCUCGGCCAGCGCCGCGGGGCUGGCGGCCCGGUCCUGUCUCCACCUGGCGCUCACUGGAAGGGUCUGUGUCUGUGUUCCGAUUCAGUGCAGGAGCUAUGCCCGGGAGUAAGAAACCUGUGAUCGACUACGACGGCCCCCCUCCUGACCCCCCUCCAACUGGGCCGGAGCUAACCAGCUCGUACGAGUACGGGACGCCGCCACGACUCGAGGAUAAAGACGGAGCUGAAUCAUCCACCAGCCGUGGAGAGGGUGGCCAGCCUGACAAUGGAAACGCAGCCGGCUCAAAAGCGACAGACGGAGCUGGUAGCGCCCGAGGCGGGGAAGAGGGAGGGGAGAAGGGAGAGGACCUGGAGCGACCCGCCAGCGGGGCCAGCGAGGUGCACACGGGAGCCGUCCCGCUGCUGCAGGAGGACGUCUCAGGGAGGUUCAGGAUCAUGGCUGCCAUGGAGGAAGUCGAGGACCGUGAGAUCCCGAGCACGGAGCUGAGCACCCCGCCCGGCUCUGGUGAUGCGGCGCUGCACCUGGGGGCCGCCCUGGUGCGCUGGAAGCGGCUGCUGGGGCUGGCAGUGCCCGGCGCCUGGGGCGAGGACUACUCCCUGCCCGAGCCACCGGGCAGCGAUCAGUACGUGCCGCCCCUGGUCUGCAAGCUGGUCACCUCUGUGUGGGUGAUGACGGUUGUGCUGCUCCUCUUCACCAGCAUCGGACUGCAGUGGGCCUUCUGCAGGCAAGAAUACUACGGUCGGAUGCUGGUGUGGCCGGGGGCGAGCAGCAACAGCAGCUCGCGCGACUACCUCUGUGUGCCCUCCUUCGUGUGGAUCCACCUGAUCCCCCGGCUGCUGUACGCCUUCGGCUACGUUGCCAUCUUCGCCUGCAUCUUCUGUCUGCACAUGCACGACGCCGAGACCGUCGUAGCCAGGGCCUACGAUGUGAUCACCGAGGAGCGACAGAACCCAUACAUCACUAUGGGUUUCAUCGACAACUGCCACCGCGACCCGCACCUGAUGGUGUUCUGGUUCGUCGUGCUCCAGGUGUUCUCACUGCUGAGCACUCUUCUCGGAGAGGACGUGAUCCUGCAGAACCUCACUGAGAUGAAGCCGCUGCCACACUCUGCGCUGGAGUGGCUCACCUACUCGAUCACGUGUUUCGUGCGUCUGAUGGUGGACGGCAUGAUCGGCCACUGCCUCAUCACGGCCACGCUGUCCAUCAAGUACCUGGGGCUGAUGGUGGAGAGGAUCACCUGGCACCUCCAGACGCUAGUCUCCUUCAGCAGCCACCAGGCCGCCUCGCAGUACUUCUUCACGCGCACACAGAUCGUGGUGCACUGCAUCCAUGGUGCACAGCCCCACACCUCGGCAGCCAUACUGAUGGCUGCGCUCCGGAUAUGUCAGAUCAUCAGUCUGCUCACUCUGGACCACGUCAAUAAGCCGAGACGCUACUCCUCCCUGGCUCAGCUGCCGAUUGCGAUAUUCUUUACGAUGACCAUCCUUUUCUACAUCCAGAGGAACAUCUCUUUGACCGAGACAUGGCAGCGAUCGACCCUCCGUGACCCGGACAUCGUAGACCCUCCUGAGACCGCCGAGGCGCCCGCAGCGCGGGAGCAACAGCAUCAGCUGAUCCACCGGAUCUCCAAAGAGGAGGAGCGGAACCGCGCCGUGGUGCUCUGGUACCAGAUCAUCCGGCACGCUCCACCCGUCACCGGAAAGGUGCUGGGAAUGGGUGCCAGUCGAGGCAUGUACUGGGCCGUGCUGGUGGUUGGGACGCUGUACACCACAGGAUACUACGUGCUGAUCAAGUACAUCCCACUCAUCUGAGCGCUGUUGGAUGAUCCAAUGACCGGUGGUUUGUUGGCUGGCUGAUUGUUUAUGAGGAGGUAUACCCAUAGUUGUUGGCUGCUUUGUUGUCUGUUGAUACUGGUACGGUGUGCUUUAUAUCAUGCGGAGCUUAGAUGGCUGACGUUGACUUUGAGGGGAGGCCGUCAAGCCGACAUAUUAUGCUAAUUAGUUGUUAAAAAGGUGAUAAAUUAAAUCGUUGCAGAACAUUGUUGACCUAGCUACUAUUUUCAGGCGUGCCAUGACCAGAUGACUGGUUACGUUGCUGUUACGUACGUUUCGAAUAUUGUGAACUCCGUUUGGAAACGAAAUGUAUCCAGACCUAUCUCGUUAUUGUUUUUCGUUGUUCAGUGUACCAAUACAUUGGAAACGUGCCAGAAAAA